GCCGGCAACCUACGCUCAGAAUGUGUGUUUUCGUUGUCGUUGACUCUCGUUGAUCUCUCAACAUAUGUUAAAUUAGUAAUACCAUCUUUGUAAGCAGUAUAUCGUUUACAAAAGCGUAUCGAAGGACGCCAUAUACGUGGAACCAACCGAAAUUUUCGUUUGCUUGUACCUGAGACAUCACGUUUAUAAUCUGCCUCCAUCUGUCUUUACACACACUGUCACUGUCACUGUCAGUGUCACUGACACAGUUCCACUUCCAUUUCCACGUCAGUAGUCUAACUCGCGCUACUGGCACUGCUGGUAGUGGUAGUUGCGGUUGCUCCCCAUUAUCCAUAUUCACAACCCCAUAAGUAUUCAAAUUCUAAGGGACUACUCCGGAGACAGGUGAAGUUGAUCUAAUUGAUUGUUCCGUGCUGUCAGCAGCAGUCGCCGAGCCGAGCGUACGCUCGAGACAUGUACACGCUGCUGUCUGGCUUCUACCGCUGGGCGGUGCAGAAGGACGAGUACUUUGUUCUCAUCCUCGGCCUCGACAAUGCCGGCAAGACGACGUUCCUCGAGCAGACGAAAACCAAGUUCAACAAGCGUUACGGACACACCGCGGCGACGAACCUAAGCAAGAUCACGAGCACCGUGGGCCUCAACAUCGGCCGCAUCGACGUCAGCUCCUCGCGCCUCAACUUCUGGGACCUCGGUGGACAGGAGGAGCUGCAGGCACUCUGGGACAAAUACUAUGCGGAGUCACACGGCGUUGUCUACGUCGUCGAUUCCACCGAUCGGCAGCGUCUACACGAAUCGAGGGCCGCCUUUGAUAAGAUGAUAGUGAAUGAGACUCUCGCGGGCGUGCCCCUCCUCAUCCUUGCCAACAAGCAGGAUGUCGAAGGAUGCAUGGGCGUCGGCGACGUGAAGGCAGCGUUCGGUGGGGGCGCCGGCGUCGGCCACCGCGACUGCCUCGUCAUGCCUGUGUCGGCGCUGCGGGGCGACGGUGUCAAUGAGGGAAUUGGCUGGAUGGUGAACUGUGUGAAGCGCAACGUACACCGUCCGCCGAUAAACAAAGAGAUAUCGUGAUCACAAGGAGAUAUCGUGAUCAUGAGGAGAUAUCGUGAUCACAAAGAGAUAUCGUUAUCCCUUGUAAGGAGAUAUCGUGACCACGAGGAGAUAUCGUGAUCACAAGAUAUCGUGAUCACAAGGAGAUAUCGUGAUCACAAAGAGAUAUCGUGCGAGGGACACGUCGUCACACGUGAUCAAGUGCCGAGGUAGCAGCGGGAGCGACGUGUCAUCGUGCGAGGUCCUACGCUUCAUCCCCUGAUCUACCGCCAGCGUGCAGAGCUUGCAUCCCCGGGUCUGAUAGCAGUGAUGUAACAAGUCAAGUCACUGACUUGGACUCGAGUCGACUCGAGUCGCAUUUUCUGGUGACUUGACUUGACUCGAGUCGAGAACCCAAAAUGACUUGACUUGACUCGAGUCACCACUGAAAAUGACUUGACUUGACUCAAUAUGACUCGAGUCGUGGCCAGAGACUCGAGUCAAAGCACAGGACUUGAGUCGCCGUUUGAUGACUCGAACACUUCUAAGUUAUAGCUAGUGCAUGCUAGCGCUAGCGCUAGCGAAACUCGGACCACAAGAUUAGUUACAUGUACAUGAUUAGAUAGACGAUCUUCACUCUUACGUACGUGCGCAUGUCUAACUAUAUGUGCGCAGAUCUUUUGAAGCCUUUGGACAGCUGUGCUGUGCUUAAAUUUCCCGUUUUGCUUCUUAACUCAUUUGACACCAAAUGGCCAAGUAAAAUCCUGUUAUCAAAUACCUUCGUACAUCUUAGACCUAGACACUGAUGAAUAUAGAAUACUUAAUUUAAAUACCUAUUUAACGUUACCAAUCUACAAUUUUUCUGUUGCUUAUAGAAUUAUGGAAAUAACAUUGCAAAUAGAUUAGCUAAAAAUCAUGACAAAUACUAAUACAGAUUAAACAAUAUUUUGUUACUUGCUAAAAUUUAUUUAUUAAGUUUAAUCUGUUUUAUUGAAAUGUUUUGUUUUUACAUUUUGACGGUUGAGGACAUGGGCUACAUGUUUGUUUUUCAUCGUAUGUGCUGGCUCCAGCAGUUCAUGCGCGUGACCGUGCGCAAUAUGGUGUCAAUGUACGACGUACGUACAUGUACGUCCUACCUUGGAAAUCAGCGAAAGUAUAGCUAAAGUAAAGUUACGGUACGGCUGAACGUGGCCGUAGUCAAGUUAACAUUGACAGGCACGUGCACGCGCGGGCAACUACGGCGAGUUGUGUGAUCAGGAUUCCAGUCUAUUUCCAGAGUCGUGUCAUCUGCAGUCAUUGCAUCUUCUUUGAAUAAAUUUUAUUGAUAUUCAUUAA